AAGCCUCUCGCCAGGUACAAUACAAUGAUACUGGUGGUCGUUCUUGCCUGUUUGGCCACCGCAGUCGUCGCCGCCCCUCAGGGGAACAAACAACAAGUCGAGGUCUCCAAUUAUGAGCAAAACGUCUCUAGCGACGACAACUUCAGCUACGCUUUCGAGGCCGACAACGGCAUCAGCGUGUCUGUCUCCGGCUCCCGGGGCGCCGCUGGCCAGGUCAACAUGCAGGGCUUCUAUACGUACGUCCUCGACAACGGGACGCAAGUGCAAGUCCGCUUCGUCGCCAACGACAGUGGCAUCCGGCCCGAGUUGGAUCUACUGUUAAGGCUACUUCACUUCCAGCCCGCGGUCCCACGACCCCCAAUUCAAUCAUUUCUCCCACCGUUUCCAGGAGGAUCAUUUGGUAGCGCAGGCGGUAUCUCCAAACCGCACCCGGGAAUUCCUUUCUAGAAAUCGCCUUCGCACCCAAGAGCUACAUUCCAGGGAAACUAACGUAUGUACGUUCAGUGCAUAGCUAUAUUGACUACAUAACACAUUUGGACUCUUAACAUUAACACUUUCUUAGUAAAAGUACGCAAAUC